AUGCCCACGCGCGCCCGACCACGCGCUGCACACUUGCCGCCCGCGCACCGCGACCUCCGCCCGCACCCGCGCCCGAAGCUUGCUCCGCCGUGGCCUCCCCCGCCGCUGCAGCCGCCUACACCUGGCCGCGCCGGCUCCGCCCGGCCGCUUCCGCAAUUUGUUGGAGCGCGCUGGCACCCGCGCCCGCCAACCUCCCUGUGCGCGCUCGCUCCCCUUGCCCUGCCCCGCCGUCCCGCUGCUCCCGUCGCCGCCUGCACGUGCGUCCACCGCCCCUCGCCCGUCCGCCCCGCCCUCCCGCACCGCGUUGUCGCUCGCCGGCGCACGCACGCCCACGGCUCCGGUCCCCUCCGCCCCGCCGCCCUGUUCCGGCCGGCGCUCGUGCGGCCCCUGGCCGCCGGCGCCCACGCCCGUCUCUGCCGCGUCACCUGGGCGGGUUACGCCCGCACCCGAGGCUCCGCCCCGUUUCGCUAG